AUGGCGGCUAGUAAAUCAAAAUACCCUCUUGGUUCUCCUCAAGAACAUAUUCAAAUGUGUCAAAAGCAUGAUUUUCCUAUCGAUAUGGUGUGUGAGGACUGUGAUGUAUUCAUUUGUUCCACGUGUGCCAAAUCGGACCACAAUGGACAUAACUGGGUCACGCAGGCUACGGCUGCCAUUCAUAGGAAAAGGGAACUCCUUAAAUAUCUAAGGAAAAUAAAGAAAGAGCAGCUGCCAGCGAUUGAUGAGAAAAUAUUAAAAAAGAAGACUGAGAAUGAAGGUACAUAUGACUCCCUAAUUAAAAAGGUACAGAAGCAGUUUGAUGAAAUCGUAGCCAGAUUAACAGAAAUUAAGAAAAGCAUUGAGGAAGCAUUGAAAGGUGAACUUGGUAAGAAAAACAAACAUUUAGAAAAUGAAACAUCUCGAAUAGAAAAGAAGAAGAAGAAUAUACUCGAAAUAGUGGAAUACCUAGAGGAGAACAACAGUUCUAUGUCUGAUAAGAACUUAAUAGAGAACCACAGAGACCUGACGCAUUUGCUAGAUGACUUGGACAUUGACCUAGAGAACUGUUCAAUCCGCUUCAGAGGAGGGGAAAUUGAUGUUGAUUUGUUGGAGUCCAUGUUUGGUCAAAUUUUUAAUAUAGAUGAUAUCAGUGCUAAGGAAACAAAUUCAUUUCAAUACGGGGAACAUCCGGUUUUAGUUUCAGAGGCUUUAAGUGAAGAUGAAUGUUACAUACGGGAUGGAGAAUCAGAUUUCAUUGAAUUGGUCAACAGACAAGGCGAGAAGAAGCAGAAAUUUACUAUUGAUUUUAAUGAUAUGUGUGUAACUACUAAUGGUAUUUAUUUCACAUUGAGAGAGGAAAGUACCAUCUGUUACCUUUCUUCAUCAGGAUCCAUCUCAGAACUUUUGAGUACAGAUCCCCUGGUACCUUUAGGAAUCUUUAAUUCAUUGGACAGUGGAUUUUUUGUUUCUUUACAAGAUUCAGAAACAGAUGAUUAUCCACUGGAAUCACACAGCAGACGUUUAGUGAAAUACUUGACAUUGACCGGUGAUGUCAUUCACGAGUACGAGUACCAAGAGGACGGUCAAACCAGACUGUUUACAUUGCCAGGAAGACUCUGUCAAAACUUUAACUCUGAUAUUUGUGUUAUGAACAUAACAAGUGACAAUGCAGGUGAGAUUGUAAUUGUAUCUGUCUCUGGUCGUUUGCGAUCUAGCUAUCUUGGGCAGAACCUGAAUGAGAACUUUUUUCCAGUAGACUUGGUGUGCGACUCGACCUACAACAUUCUUGUUAUUGAUCCAGGUAAUAGUCUCAUCCAUUUGCUGAGUCCUAAAGGGGAAUUUUUGAAAUACUUAUUGACAGAAAAAGAAAUAUCCCCAUCAACAUUAACACUGUGCAGAUCUGCACUGUGGAUGGGAACUGCUGAAGGGCUUGUGAAAGUGUUUAAGUAUAAAAGUUUCCCGUAA